ACUGGAAAGUCUACAUGUGUAAAGAAUAGAGGAGAAACAAUUGAAGGACAGCUGACCAGCAGAGGGAAAUGAGGUCUUACCCUCAGGCACAAGGAUGACUUGCCAUUAGUGAGAUGACAGAGCAUCUUGUGACUUUUUUUUUGUACCACAGAAGAGGAAGGGAGUAGUGAAUGACAAGACACAAAGUUAGUGGAGCCUGUGCUGAUUUUUUUUUUAUUUCCAGCUUUGGCAGCUAUGAACAAGACAAGAAGGCGACUGAAAUAAAGCCAGGAGAACAAACGAGGCACACAGCUUGAAGGAAAGUAAUUACCGCUGCUCUCGAUUAGCCUUCAGUUUGUGGAUUUACAGUCAACUGUUACAGUGGAGUCCCUGAGAGGACUGCAGUGGAGGAAAGCCGGCAUGGACGGUGGCUUUUCUUUGCGCUCAGAGGCAGCGGGAGCCAUGAGGACAGUGUUGGUGUCUGCUGAGAAUCUACAGCUCACGCUGAAGCCUGAGAUCAGUCAGGAAGAACAGGCCCUCACACACACCAACAGCAAACCAAACGAGACACACAAAGCGGGGAAUGAAGACCUGAAAGAGAUGCUGGAGAGCAACAAGGAGUCACUGAAACUGGAGGCCAUGAAGAGGAUUGUUGGGCUCAUUUCCAAAGGGAAAAACUCAUCCGAGCUGUUUCCCGCUGUUGUGAAGAACGUUGCAAGUAAAAACAUUGAGCUGAAGAAGCUUGUGUAUGUGUACCUGGUGAGGUAUGCAGAGGAGCAGCAGGACUUGGCUUUGCUAUCAAUAAGCACCUUUCAGCGGGCCCUUAAGGAUCCGAACCAGUUCAUCCGGGCCAGCGCUCUGAGGGUUCUGUCCAGUAUCCGUGUCCCCAUUAUUGUUCCCAUAAUGAUGUUGGCCAUCAAAGAAGCUGCGACUGAUCUGUCCCCAUAUGUCAGGAAGACCUCUGCGCAUGCUAUCCAAAAGCUGUACAGUUUGGAUCCUGAACAGAAGGAGCAGCUGAUCGAAGUGAUCGAGAAGCUAUUGAAAGACAAAAGCACACUUGUGGCCGGCAGUGUUGUGAUGGCCUUCGAGGAGGUGUGUCCAGAUCGCAUUGAUCUGAUCCACAAGAACUACAGGAAGCUGUGUAACCUUCUGGUGGAUGUGGAGGAGUGGGGUCAGGUGGUCAUUAUCUCCAUGCUGACGCGCUAUGCAAGGACGCAGUUCACCAGCCCUUGGAAGGAGGAUGGUGUGUUUGAUGAGAACAAUGAAAGAGCUUUCUAUGACUCGGACUCGGAGGAGAAAAAAGGCCAGAUGGCUGCAAAGCCCUACGUCAUGGAUCCAGAUCACAGACUGCUGCUGAGGAACACCAAACCUCUGCUGCAGAGCAGGAACACGGCGGUUGUGAUGUCUGUAUCUCAGCUGUACUGGCAUCUGGCCCCUAAACAUGAAGUCAGCAUUGUCACCAAGUCACUGGUUCGACUACUGAGAAGCCACAGAGAGGUGCAGUAUAUUGUACUGCAGAACAUCGCCACUAUGUCUAUUCAGAGGAAGGGGAUGUUUGAGCCAUACAUGAAGAGCUUUUACGUGAGAUCCACAGAUCCCACACACAUAAAAACUCUAAAGUUGGAGAUCCUGACUAAUCUGGCCAAUGAAGCCAACAUCUCCACCAUACUGAGAGAAUUCCAGACCUAUGUGAAGAGUCAGGACAAGGCGUUUGCAGCUGCUACUAUUCAGGCCAUUGGCAGGUGUGCCACCAACAUCUCGGAGGUGACGGACACCUGCCUCAAUGGCCUGGUGUUGCUGCUCUCUAACAGAGAUGAGACUGUUGUGGCUGAGAGUGUGGUGGUCAUCAAGAAGCUGCUUCAGACUCAGCCCACCCAGCACAGCGAGAUCAUCAAACACAUGGCCAAGCUCUUUGACAAUAUCACUGUUCCGAUGGCGCGGGCCAGCAUCCUGUGGCUGAUGGGAGAGUACUGCGAGAGGGUGCCAAAGAUUGCUCCUGAUGUGCUCCGUAAGAUGGCAAAGACUUUCACUGCAGAGGAGGACAUUGUGAAGCUGCAGAUAGUCAACCUCGCAGCCAAACUCUACCUGACCAACUCUAAGCAGACCAAGCUGCUGACCCAGUACAUCCUGAACCUCGGCAAAUACGACCAGAACUAUGACAUCAGAGACCGAACACGGUUCAUCAGACAGCUGAUUGUUCCCAACGAGAAGAGCGGCGCCCUCAACAAGUACGCUCGGCGCAUCUUACUGGCUCCUAAACCAGCUCCGGUGCUCGAGUCUGCCUUCAAAGGGCAGUUGGGUCAGACCCUGAUACCUUGGACUAAUGAGAUGGAUAGAGAUCGUUUCCAACUAGGGACCCUCUCACACAGUCUCAACACUAAAGCUGCAGGAUACCAGGAGCUCUCAGACUGGCCAGCUGUCGCUCCUGACCAGUCUGUGAGAAAUGUGGAGGUCAUUGAACCGGUGAAAGAGUGGGCACCUACGGUUGGGAAGAGCAAGCAAGCAAAAUCUGAUGACAAGUUUUACUCUGAUGAUGAAGAGAAAGACGAGGAAGGAUCUGAAAGUAGCGGCAGUGAAGACAGUAGCAGCAGCAGCAGUAGCAGCAGCAGCGAAGAGUCGGGCAGUGAGAGUGAAGAAGAAAGCAGUGAAGAGUCUGAAAAGACCUCCAGUGAUUCUGGCAAGAGCUCCAGUGGGUCUGAAAAGAGCUCCACUGACUCUGGACUGGAGAAGAAAAAGAAGAAAAGGACCAAGAAGGCACCACAGAGGAAAGGCAAGCCAAAUGCUGCUGACAGUGACUCGGAUGAAAAUGGAAAUGGACCUGUAGCCCAAGCUAGCAGCUCAUCAGUGGAGAGCUCCACCGAAUCAGACUCUGAGGAUGAUUCAGAUUCAGACCCCCCACCACCACCGAAGAAGACGGAUGCUAAGGCCAGACCUAAGGUGGCAGAGAAGUCCAAGAAGGAGGUCUCUCUAUUGGAUCUAGACGACUAUUCUCCAGCACCCACAAAUCCACCGAAGUCUUCGAUCUUCUCUCCCAGCCUGCUGUCCGACCUCGAAGGCCUCUCUCUGUCCAACGUCUCUUCCACCAUGCCGGUCAACACUUCACCUUUUGGCCCUGUGAAAACAUAUGAGUUGCUGCACCAUAUGACAGGAAAAGGAUUGUCUGCCAAGUACCACUUUCCCAGGCAGCCAUGUUUGUACCAGCCUAGUAUGGUUGCAGUACAGAUCAUACUGACCAACAACUCAGACCACACCCUGGAGGAGAUCCAUAUAGGAGACCGAAGCCCAGCAAGCCUCAACAUCCACUGCUUUAACACCAUUGAGCGGUUGGACCCGGGGGCUUCGGUGACAGUACCCAUGGGUAUUGACUUCAGCGACUCAACACAAGCAGCCAACUUUCAGUUGUGCACCAAAGAGGACCGGUUCAAUGUGUCCAUUCAGCCUGCUGUAGGUGAGCUCUUAAAGCCCAGUACCAUGACUGAACCGGACUUCUGCAAGGAGCAAGGAAAACUUUUGGGCAUGAAUGAGACCUCUGCAACCGUCACCAUGGCGACAGCCAACGCUUCCAGCCAGGCCAUUAACAAGCAGAUCCUGUCUGUCGCUAACGUAGGUGUGGUUUCAUCCAGCCAGAGCAACUUCCACAGGUUUGCCGGGCAGACGGUCAGCAGCGGAGCUCUGGUUCUAGUUUCGCUGGAGCUGAGGGAGUCCUCCACCGCCCUGCUCACCAUCAACACAGAAAAGAGUGUCAUGGCGUCCAUGCUGCUCCGAGACCUCAAACAAGCCCUCGCUCAGGCAUAAAAUCCUCCCGUCACUCCAGUUUGUGUUCCGAUUAUGAAGGGGAACAACACUUACCGAAGUUUUCAUAUAUGAUGUUUAUGUUUUGGGAGAAUUAGGACAAUUCUUGCAUGCUCAUUGCACUUUUAUACAAAAAUCCAGAAGCUAAAGAAGCGUAGGGUGAACUGCUCACAGAGAAUGAACUUGUUCAGUAUAUCUUAUAUGUAUGGUUGGUUUUUGAAGACAUUGUCCAGCACCAUCAUAAUAAAUGUGAAAAUCUUCAUGAAAGUGUUGAACCCCUUGGAGGCUUCACAGUAAAUAUUUAAUAAGUGACACUCCUCUCAUUGAGAAUAAAAUUAUCCCACCAGUUUUUUUCUAGCCAGAGCAAAAUGUGACACUACCCCACAUAGCAAAACACACUGAACCUUUACUUAAUUAAAUAUCUUCUUGCUAACGGCCUUGACUAAACAUGACUAUGUACAAACAGCUGUACGUACUUUUGGUGGGGAAAUUACCUUUUUUUUUUUUUUUUUUUGCCCCACUAUGAGUGCCAACAUAUCUGUCCCUUGUUAGUUUUUGAUUAAAUUCUUUAUUGCCCAAAAUAAGAGAGGCAUGAUUUUUACUCAUCAUCAUUAAACUUUAAACCUUUCUGAAGCUUUAGCAAUGCCAAACAUUGAUGUAGUUUUACAUUCCAGCCCUUAAAUGAGCCCCAAUCAUAUUUGUCACAGUGCCUUAGACACAGAAAUCAUUCAUUAGACUCAUGUCUUUUUAUCUGAAUGCUACUUCUCAUCAAUAAAAAUGUGACUUUAAAACUACAA